UACUAUUUAGACCAAAAAUCCGGUGAAUGUCGUCAAGAUCAGUGUGUGAGUAGACCCAACUACUGCUUUAACGGGGGCACCUGUGUGAACAGUCCGGAAUCGGAUACCAAACCCCGUUGCUUGUGUCCGGCCAAUUACGGUGGAGCUCAGUGUGAAAUUGAACAUUUGAGUACCGCUCGUUCCACUCCGGCCACGCCCAUCCCGACCACAAAAUCGACCGAAAGGUACCGAGUUGGGGACGAGCAAACACAACCGACACACGCGGUUGUUGCUCGAGUCCCAUCAGCCACAGAGAAAACAGUGCUCGAUGAUGCCAGUUCUCGUCACGUGAAAGCGACCGUCAGUCCCCCGGGUGGGCCGAUGACCAAGGUGAUUGUUGAACGGAAUUCCAAGGUAAAUGUUCCACGACCGGGAGUAGUGGGAAAAACCGGAUCGGACGUCUAUUAUAAAGCAAGUACUGGAGAGGACAAUCCGGUUGGCAACGAAACGGGAAUUCGGGAUUAUGCGACACCAUUCAAAUCAGUUGAAAUAACCUGA